UCCUCAUUCUAGCCAGGCGCGAGCAAAGGUAGGGUUUACAGUUCCCAACUUCCAAGCCUCGCCGCCGCCGCCGCCGCCGCCAUGGGACACUCGAACGUCUGGAACUCGCACCCCAAGAACUACGGCCCCGGAUCCAGGGUUUGCCGUGUCUGCGGCAACUCGCAUGGCCUGAUCCGCAAGUACGGGCUGAUGUGCUGCAGGCAGUGCUUCCGCAGCAACGCCAAGGACAUCGGCUUCAUCAAGUACCGUUAAGAAUGGAAACCUCAAAGGAAGCAAGGACUAGGAAAUUAUCAUCGAACUGCGGUGCUUCAUCGAGGCCGAUCUUUAUUAUCCUAUAAACUAUGUAAUGAACUACUGUUAAUGUUUGAAUUGGAGUGACAAAUCCGUGAAACCAUGUUGGUGACUGCUGUUUGAGCAUCUGAAACCCGUAAUUCUGUUACUGUCAUGCCUUUAUGAUUAUUAGAAGGUUGCCCUGCAUCCUUACAUUUUUAUUUUGCGAAA